AUGCCAGAUUCACUGCCCUGGGAAGCGCAAGGAGAGUCGAACGCUUCGCAUGACGACGCAAAAACGCCGUAUACUCGAUGGAUGUGCUAUAUCAGCACAGAAUCGCUGAAACUGUCCCUAUACGCGCUUGUAUUCAUAGACUCUCAUUUAUUUCUCCCUGCCAACAUGCGCCUCCUUAUCUCACCUAUGGAGUUCGGAUGGGAACUGCCUUUUCCAAGCAACCUCUGGGACGCAAAAGACCCGCAAAUAUGGCAGCAGCGAGUUAUCGAACAUUUUGGCUUUGUGCCAGAAAGCUACUUCUACGGGCCUCGCGGUAUCUCGACCGCGUCCCUUUCGAUAGCUACACAGCAGCUCAUGACCGAACCGGCUAGCCCUCAGCUCGUUGCUGCUCUUACUUCAUCUCCGUUCUCCAUACUAUGUAUACUCGCGAAUAUCAGUGCCUUGGUGCGAGACUUCACUCGAUGCUAUUACCAACUACCACCGAGCCCUUCGGACCCGUCCGCCUUCCACAUCCUUACCCAGCACCAAAACAAACAAAUAUACACCGCGAUGCGAGCAAUUGCAAAGAUCGUGAAAGACCAAGCUUACACUCUCGACAACCCUCAAUUCUUACUCUGGCGAACGAUCGAGAUUCUUCACUGUUCUGUCAAGAUCAGUCUCUGCAGGCCUGACCACCUUCUCAUAGGCGGGAUAGUGGACAACAGCGUCAUCGCAGGUCUGGCCACUUCAACUCACCUUACCCUUGGGAAUUACGUCUCCGUCAGAAGAUCAGCCCCGCUCUUGAAACCCCAUUUGUGGGGUGACGAAGGGGUCUUGGCUGUCCUCAACGAUUUGGCAAGUGUCCUAUCCCGGAUAAAUGGCGAGGAAGGAGAUGGAGCCACUCGCGAAGCGCCCUGGGUAACCGCAUGCAGCUACGGAAUCCUCCUGUGCAUAUGGAGCGCGCUGAAGCGAGCGGGGCAGGACAUCCAAGCCCACUUGGAUACCUUUAACGAACUUCCCCGGACCUCAGAGCCAUGCAUGCUGAUCUUCAACACUCUUAUGGAUUCGAUUCUGGGUCUUGAUGGGAUCAACGAAAGAGAUCCUCGAAUAUGGUCGACUGAGCGUCAUGCCUUUGUCAGCCUGCUUGAGCAAGGCGAGUUUCUCUUCGUUUCCUUGCUAUUGAAGAUCUGCAGGGCCAGGUCUGCCUGGGGAAUUGGGCUCUCUAUGGCAACGGUCAUUGAUGAGAUACUGGCCACCCCGCAAACGACGACUGCACUCGCUUGA